GACAGAAGUUAGUACUACCGUAGUCAACGUAGGAAGUGGCCGUGUGGUGGCUUUGACCGUACGACGCAAACCGAAAACGCGCGCGUAAAAGUUAACCGUGACAUUGAAGAUUCAAAAUUAGUUUUAAACUGGGAACCUCUUUUGUUAUUUGACCAGAAUGGGCAGCAUAAUCAGCUACGUGUACUACGGCGGCGACCCGGACGUGGUCAACCCGGUGUCAGGACUGUCCCGGAGAGAGGUCCACCUAGUCCAGAAGUCUUGGGCACCAGUCACCACCAACCUCAUACCGAACGGCAUAGAACUACUUAAACGAUUUUUCCGCGCGUACCCAGAAACGAAGAAUUUCUUCAAAAUGAUUCGCAAUACUCCCGAGGAAGAGUUUGCGAAUAACGCACAAUUUAAGGCGCACGUCGUCAACCUGAUGACGUCACUCACCUCGGCCGUCGACAACCUCAACAACCCGGAGGUCGUCGCCGCUAUGAUGCACAAGAUCGGAGAGUCCCAUGGGAAGAGAAAAAUCCAAGAAAAACAUUACAUUGCGUUGAAAGGCGUGAUAGUGAACAUGUUCAUAGAACUGUUGAAGAUGGACUCGGCGACGCUGAGCGCAUGGGACAAGACGGUGGACUUCUGGUACAAGAACAUUUUCCAGACGCUCAACUGUCAGGACACCAGCGACUCCAGAUAACAAACAACUCGGUUGUACUGAGAUCUCGUGCACCAACAUUUAUGCAUUUACUCAGACUAAACGAAGAGGGUGAAGGUUACCACAGGAUUGGCCCGUCAGAGAGCCGAAUCUACGUUCGAGAUUCAAAACUUUACGAACUCAAAUUAAAAAGAAAGUCCUUUUCGAAUCAACACAGCUUUAUGUAUGUACCUAAGUACUGUAAAGGAAGUGUAGCAAUAAGUACGACCAGAGGAAGUAGAUAGAUAAGUAGGAAGUAAAAUUAAUUAGCAAUGUUUCAUUGCUGCCUUUACCGGCGGACACAAACUUAACCUAACGACGGACUUUCUAGGCUACGUUCUCCAAAAAAUCUAUAGAUGGCGCUGUACAGAUUUGUCUUCGAAUUUCAUGGAUAACAGACAUAAAUUAUGCAUCUUUCAUAUUUGUUUUUGGAUAUAAAUGAUGACCCUUUUUAUUACACCCAGGCGCAAUUACAUCUUC